AUCUCGUUCGAUGUAGUUACGUAACGUUAUAUCGUUAACAAAAAAAUAUGAUUGUUUGUUGAUAUUGAGCUGAAGUUUGCAAACCGGGGUAUGCUUUUUAGAACCACCAUACUAGAAAAAUGGCUUGAGGUAGUUAUAUUGACUGUAGCUAACGUUAGCUUUUGGUCCAAGAAACAAAGACAGCCUUGGAAAAAUGUCUAACUAGAUAGGAGACGGUAGUACACAGACGUUAGACACCAAACAAAACGAUCUAAAACCGGGGGAGCUGAGCGACUUAGUCUUGUCCAGAAAAUGUUCGUUUUUCUUUUCAAUUGUACAGUACUGUCAAAUAUUUUGAUAUUUUUUUAACAGUGAGUGUGUGGGUUAAUACGGUUCUGUGGCCAUAGUUAAGAAACGAUGGAUAUAUAACUACUGUACACACCACAAAUAUGUGUGUGCCAUGUUUUCACUUAAACUUUGCAUAUAUGUAACAUAUCUUUAUUAUAAUACUUGGCUUGAGAAUGUGCUCAACUACCCGCCAUUUUUUACCAUGCGUACACAUUUGCUAGUGUGGUUGAAAUAUUGUAUUGCACGCUAGAAUGUAAUAGCUUAGAUGGUUAUGGGGGUUGUGAUGAAGUUUAAAAAAUAUAUAUAUAGAGAGAGAGAGAUUUUGAUUUGUUCAUACUCCCUUCGUAACCAUAGGUCGUUUUCAUCCACAUCUUCUUUGAUUAGACCUUUGAACAGUUGGAAUUCUGACAUUUAUCUAUACUCAUGUUGAACCUCAUUCUCACUUUUUAUCAAAUCUGGAGCACAGCUACUAGCAUUUUCCUCAAUAGAAUCUUAGUUCAUAUAGUAAGCCAAGAAAGUAUUGUGGAAUACAUAGCCAUGGUGGCCUUGAUUUACUAUGUAUGCUCUGAGUUUAUUUAGCAUAAAAUAUUCCCUAUAAGUGUUUUGUUAAGUGUAUUCUAUGGAGGACAAUGUUUGUAAGGGACUUAUACUCUUCAGAAAGACCCUAUUCUACAUGAAUGAUUGCAUCAAGUACAAGUCAAGAUGCCAAAACGCUAUAUCAACUGGGAGCUUGGUGAUGGUGGACCCCCUUUUUGCUUCAGUUGUGAAAUGAUCUUUCCAGACCAUGUGUCAUUUCAUGACCACUCAUGUCCUGUGGCGGGUUACAUCUGCUCCUGUGGAACAGAGUUCUCCAAGUAUGUGGAUAUGGUGGACCACAGUGGUUUACAUGAACCAGGCCAUACUGUCAUGAAUUAUAGCACCAUAAAAAAGCAACAAUAUCAGAGAGAGAGAGAACACAAGGAGCAGCUUGCCAGGCUGGAAUUGACAACGGGUCAAGGAAGUGGGGCUGUUCCGGGAUCGUCUCUGAUGCUUUUGGACCCUAUGACACAGGCCAACAAGCCUCCUUGCGGUGCAGGUGCUGCAACGAAAGAUCUCUGGCACCAGUUUCAGCCAGUGGUGUUGAUUGAGACACUGCGAAAGUUUGGUAGGACAAAGCCCUACAGGUGUGCAUACUGCGAACUGGGCUUUGCAACAAAAGACUUUCUCAUAUGGCAUCACAACACUCAUAUAAGGAAUAAAGUCCAUGGCUGCCUGCAGUGCGGUGUGCUCCUACUCAGCAACAAUAAGUCACCCCGGCCUAACCAUCAUCAGUGCAGCUCUCAACAGGCACCUCCUGAAACCAGAUUCACCACUGCCACAGUGCUGAGCAACAGGAAGCAGCCUGCCGGGUAUGGUAAGAAGGUCGUCCAGAAUCAACCCUGUCCUGACCUGUUCAGUAGUGAGCUCCAGCUAGGGAUGCAUAUGGUGUCACAGCAGCCUGGAUGGGAUAACGCUGUCACUGGCAGUUCUGGAAGAAAAGACUUGAUAUGUAGAGUGUGUCAGCAGACCUUCCAAACUGUUAAGUUACUCGAGAGACACCGUUGCACAAAGGCGGCAUCCUUUUUUGCACAGAAACUGUGUCUAACAUCUAGCAAACAGCUCAAUGGUCAUAGAAAGUGGGAGGGUACAAACCCGUACUCCUUGUCUCAAAGAAAUGGUGACAAGGAGCUGGCCUUCAACAUUCAAACUUCCAGAAAAGUGACUGUAUACCACAAGUCAGUUGGUCCACAUAGGGGUACAGGGUCGCCUGCCGUCUCUGCAAAGACUGCGCACGAUUCUGAUGAUGACUGUUUCGUGAUUGAAAGCUCAUCUACCAAACCUAGUCAACAGGUCUACCAAGAAUUAACUUCUUCCCUUCCAGUACUUCAGACAUGAACAGUGGAUGGGGACUCCCUAUGUGAAUCGCUGUAUUUGCAACAGACAUGAGCCACUUGUAGGUGUCAUGAUUAUGUCUAAGUAUGGUAUUUUGUAAGGUAGCAGUUUAGCUGUUAACUUUCUAUUAAUCUUAAAACUGUCAGUGGCCUGUUAUAUGUGUAUUUGUGUUUGUCACCUGACAUUGAAAACUUGGCAUAUGCAGUAUCUAAACAGGCUGCAUGUUUAAGACACGUUUUUGUUAUCCUUUUUAUUUUUUUACACAUUUGCUUGGUUUAAAGUGUGGUAUAAGCAGCUUUGGCCUGUAAAACAAGAACAUCUUUCAGCUGGUCAUUUCUGUGAUCAAAAUAAAUGUUUUUUCCUCUCUUGUCAUGAU